AUGGCAACCCAAAUGGUAGAUAUAGAGGCUCAAUCAUCAGCUCAAACCUCAUCCCCUCCAUCAAUCUUCAACAAAGUCGAUCAUCCGGUUACACUAAAGUUUCAAGAAGUGGUUUACACCAUCAAAAACAAGAAACAAGGAUGGAUAAAAAGAAAGAAAAACCACGAGCCUACAGAGAAACAGAUACUCAAAGGAAUAACCGGCAUGGUGUUGCCCGGAGAAAUGUUAGCCAUGUUAGGGCCAUCCGGAUGUGGAAAAACUACCCUUUUAACCGCAUUAGGUGGCCGCCUAGGUGGCAAGCUAGACGGGACCAUCACCUACAAUGGCAAACCGUUUUCAAGUAUCAUGAAGCGGUACACCGGUUUUGUCACUCAAGAUGACAUUCUAUAUCCUCAUUUAACAGUCACCGAAACCCUUGUUUUCACCGCCUUACUCCGCUUGCCUAAAAAGCUCACAACUCAAGAAAAGAUCACGCAUGCGGAAGCGGUGAUCGACCAACUUAGGUUAACAAGAUGCAAGAAUAUUAUCAUCGGUGGGCCGAAUUUAAGAGGGGUGUCGGGUGGAGAGAGAAAAAGAGUUAGUAUCGGGCAAGAAAUGCUUAUAAACCCUAGUUUGUUGUUCUUGGAUGAGCCGACAUCUGGGCUUGAUUCAACAACUGCUCAAAGGAUUGCUUUGACUUUAUGGGAAUUAGCAAGAGGUGGAAGAACAAUUGUUAUGACGAUUCAUCAACCUUCAAGUAGGCUUUUUUACAUGUUUCAUAAGGUGGUGUUGUUAUCGGAAGGGAAUUCGUUGUUUUUUGGUAAAGGAUCGGAAGUUAUGGAUUAUUUUAACACUAUUGGAUUUUCGCCAUCGGUCACCAUGAAUCCUUCCGACUUUUUGCUAGAUCUUGCAAAUGGGAUAUCGCCGGAUAAUUCAAGUUAUGGGGAUCAAAAUGCGGUGAAGCAGAAGUUGGUUUUGGCUUAUAAGUCGAAUCUUGAUGAGAAAUUAAAAGCUGAAGUAGUAGAAUUCAAUGAUGAUGAGAACGAUGUUUUAGACAACAAGAAGCAUGAACGAUGGAGCACGACUUGGUUGCAACAAGUCAUGGUUUUACUCAAAAGAGGUGUUAAAGAAAGGAAACAUGAAUUCUUUUCCACUCUCAAGAUCGGUCAGGUUAUAGCUGUGUCAUUCCUUUGUGGUUUGCUAUGGUGGCAAUCUGAUAAGGCUCACUUACAAGAUCAGUCAGGAUUGCUCUUCUUUUACACUGGAUUCUGGGGGUUCUUUCCUUUAUUUCAAGCAAUUUUCACAUUCCCUCAAGAAAGGCAAAUGCUAGGAAAAGAACGAUCUUCAGGAAUGUAUAGACUUUCAUCUUAUUUUAUAUCAAGAACAAUAGGAGAUCUUCCUAUGGAGUUAGUUCUACCAACAUUGUUUUGCAUCAUAACCUACUGGAUGGCUGGGCUCAAAUCAGAUUUUGGAAGUUUUUUGUAUGCGCUAUUCACACUUCUUUUUAGCGUGUUGGCAUCACAAGGGCUAGGGUUAGCCGUAGGAGCACUAGUUAUGAACCAAAAAUCAGCCACCAUUAUGGGAUCUGUGAUCAUGUUAUCAUUCACACUAGCAGGUGGAUACUAUGUUCAACAUGUGCCUGAUUUCAUAUCUUGGAUCAAAUACAUAUCCAUCAGUCAACAUACUUACAAGUUGUUGAUAGCUUCACAAUAUGAGCAUGGGCAGACUUACAAAUGUGGUAACUUGACGUGUUUGGUUGAGGAUUUUCCGGCUAUUAAGAGCGUUGGGCUUGAUGGGCAAGUGCUAUCGGUUGUGGCUUUGGCACUGAUGCUGGUGUUAUAUCGGGUUGUUGCGUAUUUGGCUCUCAUGAGGAUUGGUGUGCCUAAAUAACAAACUGAGAAUUUAUAUGAAUGAAUCAAAAAAGAACCGAGUGAAAGAGAAUGAAGAGGUGAUUAAUCGUAAUCUAAAAGUACUAUAAUAAAUUCAACCUUACAGUUCUCAAUUUGAUACGAACAGGAAGAAAGGGGAAAAUUUGAUAGUGUUCAAGACUUCGAGUGCAAAUUGCUAUGCUCAUAUCCAACAUAAUUCAUAGCCAAAACAUACACUUACAGAUAUUCAAAGCUGCCGUGAUGUUCACGCAGGUGGCGGAGCCAAUCCGAAGCCGAUUGCCUCACGAUGAUGUCGAUCACAUCACUAAGCUUUCGCAGCCCUAAAACCUUCACCUCUCGACUUUGAUCGAUUGCGCUUUCCUCGAUCGACUAGAGAAGCAA